UAAACCCUCAGCGUACUUAGCGAAAGAUUUAUGUAGUCGGUGGCAGCGUGACCUGACAUUUAUCCCUAUUCAAAUUUAUUACCUGUGGUUUUCACGCCACUUCAGUCUCAAAUGUAGAAGUUCAAGGGUCGCUGGGAAUAUCGUUCUGAGCGGCAGCGGGAGCUGAACAAACUAGAGGUGGCAUUUCAAUUUUCUGGGGAUACCAGGGGUCACUGUGCCCAUACCAGCAGCGUGUCGGCGGCUGUCUUUUCAUGCUGGCUCCCGCGGCUUUUCGUUUACGGACAAGUCAGUCACGGCACUCGCGAAAACCAUCUGACGGAUAUGAGCGCGGACAUCUGUUGCGACAUACCGAAUGCCAGUGAGACACAGUCCUCUCAGAAAACCGCCAUGGGUUCCAAAUUUGAAAAAUCGCCCUUUCGGUGGAAGGUGGCCACUCUCGUGUUGUUCCUUGUGUGCGUCGCUCUGGCUGUGACGCUGAUCGUGGUCUUGUGUAGCGGCGUGAGUACCGGACAGCACGACGGCCACGGCCAGCCCUGUGCGGCGGGAUAUAUCGUGGAACCUGUCGAUCCUACUCGCCCCGGUCCCUUCAGCGAUCUGAGCCUUGAGGAGAUCGACAGCGUGCGAAACUACAUGUUGGCACAGGACAGUCUUCAGCUAACGCCCUGGGAGCACGCCGAGAUCAGCGAUAAUUACAUCUACGCUAUUGAAACGCACCUCCCUGCCAAGGACGACGUGCUCCGUUUUCUCGAUGGAGGAGGACCGGCGCCCGAGCGGCUUGCCAAAGUUACGGUGUACGCUGGCCAGCGGACACCACCCGUGGUAGAAGAAUACAUCGUCGGACCUGUUACAAAUCCGUCCCGUCACACCGUCUACACCCUGAGGGGCAGGAAGUUCCCCAUACCCUUCCACUCCCGUGUUCCAGAUAGCAAGGAAAAUAACCUUGUGGAGGGCCGGCUACGGGAGGUAUCUGAAACGGCUUACAGGGUGUUGAAGGAAAGCUUCGACACUUGGUAUCACAACUGCACUGAUCGGUGUUUGACCUUCAUAGACACGGCACCGAGGGGUUUCCGCAGCGGGCAGAGGAAGACGUGGUGGUACGCCAUGCGGAACCUCCAAGGCAUGACUCUGAACCCUGUCGGCUUUAUGGUCGAGGUUAACACAGAAGGAGCGAACACAAGUCAGUGGCGAACCGAGAGAGUCUUCUACAACGGACAGUUAUUCGAUUCAGUGCACGAACUUGUAUCAGACUACAACCAGGGAACCGUCGAGAAAGUGACGCUGCCUAUGCCUAAAGACGACAACACGCUGUUCUCGUCUUUUCGACGCAGAGGCCCGCCACAGCCGCCGACUCCUCUGCGGGCACCUGAGCAAUUCGAGCCGGACGGGCGGCGGUACAAGGUACGUGGCCGUCACGUUGAGUACAUGGGCUGGAGUUUUGACUGGCGUUUGAGCACCACGCACGGGCCUCAACUGCUGGACAUAAAAAUGAACGGGGAGCGUGUGGUGUACGAACUUAGCUUACAAGAGAUAGGUGCGUUCUACAGCGGACACGACCCUCUCAUGCUCAGCACGUUUUUCCUGGACACCGGUUGGAACAUGGGCUCGAGUCAUUUUGAGCUCGUUCCCGGCGUAGAUUGCCCCAACACUGCUUCUUAUCUUGACGUCUUACAUCAAAAGGACUCGGCUAGGCCCAGACAGUACAAAAACGCAGUCUGCGUAUUCGAACUGAACACAGGCAUUCCCCUACGUCGUCAUUAUGAGUCCGAUUUUCAGGGUGGGUACCUCUUCUACGGCGGGAUGGUCGACAAUGUCCUAGUUGUACGCACCAUAUCGACCGUGUUCAACUACGACUACGUGUUAGACUUCAUCUUUCACCAGAACGGCGUCCUGGAGGUGAGGACCAGUCUGACGGGGUACGUCAUGAGCACGUUCUACACCCAGGCAGAGGCGCCGUACGGCUACAAGAUGUGGCAGAGCGCGAUCGGGAACGCUCACCACCACGUCAUCAACCUGAAGGUGGACAUGGACGUCGGCGGCAUCGAAAACCGGUACGAGACCGUAGACUUCGUUCAGACGAACAUAACAAAUCCCCUGUACCCAGAACUGUAUCAUAUCCACACAAAAGCGCAGCGAAACCCAAAAACAACAGAACGGGAGGCCAUACUACAUUAUAACUUCGAUCGUCCCAAAUAUUACAACUUUUACAAUCAGGAAAAGAGCAACUCUUACGGUAUCAAGAAGGGUUAUCGCAUCCAAAUCAACGCGCCGACCAAAGAGCUCGUGCCGCGGGGGUGGGGCCCCAUGCGGGGUGCCGCCUGGGCAGACUACCAGAUGGCGGUCACGCGUCGCAAGGAGUCGGAGCCGGCCAGCUCCUCCCUCUACAACCAGAACGACCCGUACGAUCCCGUCGUAGACUUUGACAGGUUCUUGGACGACGACGAGAACAUAGUAGACCAGGACCUGGUGGCCUGGGUAACCAUGGGGACGCACCACGUGCCGCACGCCGAGGACGCACCCGUCACCGCCACCGCCGGGAACCAGCUCUCCCUCUUCCUCAGACCCUUCCACUUCUUCGACGAGGACCCGUCCAUGGCGUCCUCCAACGGCGUCCUCAUCACGUACGAUAAAGACUCCCAUGAAGUGGACGUGGACAGGUUCGGUACGCCCUAUGGGUCGAACUGCCUGCCAAGAGAAGCUGUAUUUGCGUACAACGGAACGUGGCCGGAAACAGAGGACUGAGCUGGACGGAACGGUGCAGGCACAAGGUACCACACCUCUGUAUAGGCAUUAUCAGAACUGUGAGGCAUGUAAUGUGUUUUAUAUUGUAAAACUUGUAAACGUUUUGUGUAAUUCACAGCCAGUUGUACAAAGCUGCCCUGUAACCGUGUCGAUAAUGUAGGAAACCUAGCCUAGAGGGAACAAACUGCAUGUCUGUGGUCUUGUAUCUUGUAUGUAACAGUAUCUUGCCCAUGAUAUGCAAAUGUGUGAAUGGUCACUCAAAGCCAGGUACCGCCAUGUUAGUCAAGAACAUGUAGAGUGGUAGUGACCUCACAACGUGAAUCUUUGCAUUUGUAUGUGCUCUCGUUAUCGAGAAACUUUCUUACAAGGUUACUUGGAUCCAAGCCCAGACGGUAUGAACAUGUGGGUAUUUUGAAAUAGUUUGUAAAAGUUUGCUUGAGGAGAGGCGUGUGUAACGUUAGUGUUGUACUUUUUAAACCAAGAUGAUCAUAAAAUUCGGUUCGCCACUACCCUUCCUUCAUUGUCCCGUACAGUGAUUAUUGUUAUAGACACAUGGGGUCCUGUCGCCAGAGAUAAAGUCAUGUUUUAAUAUACAAAGAA